UAUAUCCUGAUAGCUUGACCACCUAGUCCUGGGACAGCCGGAGGCUAUAAAGAGCAUGUUUAACUACCGCCGUUAGACAAUUUACACUAUUGCAGGUGUAUCCGUCAAUAAUUACAAUGUUAUGACUAUCGUUGUAAGGUAGCCGUCAGACUAAAUCGUUGUCCGUUCAGCUUUAACCGUCCUUGUUGUCGCCACGGUAACGGCUAGCUUAACGUCUUAUCAUGUGGGUUUUCGGUUACGGGUCUCUUAUAUGGAAAGUGGAUUUUCCUUAUGAGGAAAAAAGAAUUGGCUACAUAAAAGGCUUCAGCCGUCGGUUUUGGCAGGGCAGCACCGACCACCGGGGAGUACCGGGUAAGCCUGGUCGGGUGGUGACACUGGUGGAGGAUCCUGAGGGAUGUGUUUGGGGCGUUGCCUACAAGCUGCCGACAGGCCGGGAGCAAGAAGUGAAGAGUUACCUCGACUACCGAGAAAAAGGUGGUUAUCAGGUCAUUACGGUGACCUUUCACCCCCGUCCACCACUCUCUACUCCGCCCAGCCAGACGCUCCUCUACAUUGGCUCUCAGGACAAUCCAGACUACCUCGGGCCCGCCCCUCUGGAGGAGAUCGCCAACCAGAUAGUCAGCUCUACCGGUCCAAGUGGGCAGAACACGGAGUACCUGUUUCAGCUGGCUGAUGCUGUGAGAACAAUUCUGCCUGAGGACUCAGACACACACCUGUUCUCUCUAGAAAGUUUAGUGAAAGAAAGAGUACACAGCGUGCAGAAACACUCACACACUCAAACAGGUUGAUUGUAAUUAAAUAACAAAUAAAACUUGAUCAAUGCUAUAUACCAGGCUGGGUUUGUCAAUUAAUCUCAGGGUUUAGAAAUAUAUAUAUAUAUACGUACAUGGGGCCUAUGUGGAUAUUUGCCAGGUGCAGAAAACAUGUUGACAAAGUCUGUUUCUAGAGCAACGCUACAAGUAAAUGUCACCAUUGUGUGUCAUGCAGAAAAAUAUGUACUGUACUGAAAGUAUGUACUGAAAGCUGCUACAAAAUAAGGAAUAUGUAAAAUACAUGGAGGCACUUAUUGUAAUUCAGACUACUACUAAUGAAUAAAUCUGAGUGAAUACAUCCAAAUGCACGUGUACAUGGUCUGUUUUAAUAUGUUUUUAAACAUAAGAGCAUCAUGUGAUGUACGCAUGUGUGUACAGGGUGAA